UGAGUCGCACUCACCAUCCGCUGAUUUACUUCUCACUCGUUACGUUCUCGCGGCCUUGCUGAUGUCCACUAUGGCCUCCCACACCGUCUUCCGCUUGCCUUCCCGCACCAGUGUGACCGACCUGGUUGCAGUAGAGGAACGAAUCCCGUCAAUUUCCAAGCAUGAGGUACUCAUCAAGGUCCGCGCAGUGUCGCUGAACUCCCGGGAUAUUCAAGUGGCCUCGGGAACAUACCCCGCGUAUGUCAAGGAAAACGUCAUCCCCGGUUCCGAUGCGGCAGGGGACAUCAUUUCGGUUGGGGAGGAAGUGCGCGAUUUGGUCAAGGGGGACCGCGUGGUGGUGUCGUUUGACAUUGCUCAUAUGUAUGGGCCCCAGAAGGAUUUCCUCACCGGCCAGGGGGGUGGCGUGGAUGGCGUGCUCGCGCAGUAUAUUGCCCGACCCGCCUCCAGCGUCGUGAAAGUCCCGGCCAGCGCGCCGCAGAGUUACAGCGAACUGGCCUCCCUAGUUUGCACGGGCGUGACCUCCUGGAAUGCUCUCUAUGGGAACAUGCCCCUGAAACCGGGACAGACCGUUCUGGUCCAAGGUACCGGGGGGGUGUCAAUGACGGCGGUCGUGUUGGCUAAAGCAGCCGGAGCGACCACCAUCGUCACCUCCUCCAGCGAUGAGAAGUUGGAGUUUGUUCAGUCCCAUUUUCAGCCGGACCACUGCAUCAACUACCGCAAGACUCCCGACUGGGCAUCCCAGGCGCUGGAGCUGACGGGGGGGAAGGGGGUGGAUCACAUCAUUGAGAUUGGGGGCAUUGGAACCAUUGAGCAGAGCAUUCGGGCCAUUGCGCCGGGCGGCAUCAUCAGCGUGAUUGGAUAUCUCGCGAGUGUCGAUCCUUCUCAACGGCCGGACGUGCCCCUUUUGGCGCUGCUGAAGAAUUGCGUCGUCCGGGGUGUUCUGGUCGGGCCCCGGUGCAUGCUGGAGGAUUUGAUGACGUUUGUCGAUCGUCGGAAGUUGAGAUUCCACAUUGCGAAAGAGUAUGCCUUUACGCGGGAGGAUAUCAUCGCCGCCUAUCAGGCCGUCGAGGCAGGGAAGCACGUCGCCAAGGUGUGCAUUGUGAUGGACUGGCUACGUGGUCCAUGCCGUGAGCUAUAGCCCGUGGAUCAGGAUAGAAUUCUUUCCAAUGAACCCCAGUGUCUGGUUAAGGUUCAUCGGAAUGCCCAGGUA